AUGGAUAACACGGAUAAUUACAGUGCACGGGGUGAGAUGAUACGUCAAUUCCAGGAUCAGGGAAUCGCAGAGGCAACGCUGGAAUCUUUAAACUGGGACUUGCAACGAGCAAUUGAAACUCACAUAAAUAGUAGUAGUGAUGCACCACCAGAUGGUGGUGAUGAUCGUCCGUCCGGCGUUGAAAACAUGGAAACCGACGAUCCACCUGCUCCCACAGCGGACAGUAAUCGAACUUCGCGCACUCCAUCACCACAACUGAUCACCGGGGCGCAUUGGCGCGAUGAUAACAGUCUUUUUGCACCACGUUCUGGACGUCUAAGAUUUGGUCGUCCAGUAAGAAUUACACGAAUGCAUAACGGUUUUCAAAAUGGUUAG